CGCGUAUGUAAUCCCGCUCGCUCCAUCAGCAGCAGCAGUCCUCGCUCUGUCCGGAGCAGGAGAUGAGGGCUCGGCAGCGAGGAGCUGCGUGACGGGGGCUCAGCUCCCACCCAGCCGCUCCACAUCACAACACACACAGCCAGAUCUCACCCGGAGCUUCUCCUCUGCAGCACCAUGCGCGCGGGCUCCACUCGCGGCGCGCUGCUGUCUGUCUACUACCCCCAGAUCCUGCUCAUCCUCAGCAGCGGCAGCUACCUGGCCCUGUCCUCGGUGGUGGCUCUGGGUGCGAAUAUCAUCUGUAAUAAGAUCCCCGGCCUGGCCCCCCGACAGCGAGCCAUCUGCCAGAGCCGCCCGGACGCCAUCAUCGUCAUCGGAGAGGGUGCUCAGAUGGGCAUCAACGAGUGCCAGUACCAGUUCCGCUACGGCCGCUGGAACUGCUCCGCCCUGGGAGAGAGGACUGUCUUUGGACAAGAGCUGCGAGUGGGCAGCAAGGAGGCAGCAUUCACGUACGCCAUCACAGCAGCAGGUGUUGCCCACGCAGUCACAGCAGCCUGCAGCCAGGGCAACCUGAGCCACUGUGGCUGCGACAGGGAGAAGCAGGGCUACCAUGACCAUGAGGAGGGCUGGAAAUGGGGAGGUUGCUCGGCUGACGUCAAGUACGGCGUGGAGUUCUCCAGGCGCUUCGUAGACGCCCGAGAGAUUAAAAAAAAUGCCCGCAGGCUAAUGAAUCUGCACAACAAUGAAGCAGGCAGAAAGGUCCUGGAGGAGAGGAUGAAGCUUGAGUGCAAGUGCCAUGGGGUCUCGGGUUCGUGCACCACUAAAACAUGCUGGACAACGCUGCCCAAGUUUCGGGAGAUUGGUUAUGUACUAAAGGAACGUUACGGGGUGGCGGUGCAGGUGGAGGCUGUGCGGGCCACUCGCUUGCGGCAGCCCUCGUUUCUGCGGCUCAAACAGUCACAUGGCUACAUCAAGCCAACUGACACGGACCUGGUGUACUUAGAGCGGUCCCCGAAUUACUGCGAGGAGGAUGUGGCCACGGGCAGUGCGGGAACACGCGGCCGACUGUGCAACCACACAUCACCCCACCCAGAUGGGUGCGGCCUAAUGUGUUGUGGGCGAGGCCACGACACCCACCAGUACACACGGGUGUGGCAGUGCAACUGCAAGUUCCAGUGGUGCUGCUUUGUAAAGUGCAACACCUGCAGUGAAAUGACAGAGGUGUUCACCUGUAAGUGAGGACAAAGAAACAAGGAUGAGCAAUAGGGUGGGAAGGCCAAGAUGCCACUGGAAAGGAAGCUGAAUUGGGAAUAACCUUGUGAUUUCAUGGCUUCGUUUUGCACACAGGGCACUCUUUACGAAUAAAGAUGCUAAUGUCUAGCAAAGUCUAUAGGGAAGAAAUGCAAAGAUGCACUCAUAGUAUGAUCUCAGUGAAAUGCAGGAACCUUUGCGGUACAAGGAGUUUAGUUCUCUGCCUCUGAAGUACAAGGAAGGACAAUAGAAGGUUCUGUGGAUCUAAUGCUGAUUCUUGACAUUGACUAACACAAGCCAGACUAAGAGACAUAAGUAUGGAAGAAAAAAGGGAGGAAGAAAGAUUCUAGUGUCUUCCUCAACAUGAAAUGCUGGAACGAACGCUUCAAAUGCUCAGUCACACUGUAUACCCUGAACACUGAAAAACAACUUCUUUCUUUUCCUUUCUUUUGAUAAUGGACUGAUAACUUGUUAAGAUUUAUGUUUCUUUGAUGACAUCAAAAAUGACUGCUACUGAUAAUAACCUGGCCUGUUGCUAAUCAUUUCCAUGUCACAUAAUAACACAUUACAGCCGCACAUACAGAAAUGUGGCCUCAACCAAAAAAAAAAAACAUUCUUCUGUAGUAGUUGUUAAUGCCAAAUACAUCCUCUGCUAUAUUGUAUCUAAGCACCAUAAUGUGAGGAUGAUACACUACUCCAUUGUCUGUCUCUUCAUAUUCAUUUUGUAAAUGUGUCUAGGUUUGCAUUUGUGUAAAAUGUGUAUAAAUGGAUGGAAGUACGGUGAAGCUUCUAAAGGAAUACGCCAGUGUUUUCCUUUUGGUCUCUAUUUGGCAUAUAUGGUCAAUAUAAGUACAUAUGGUCAAUUAAAAUGUACAAAGGUUUAAUAUCAUAGCCUUCUCCACCACUGCCAUGUUUGCCCUCUAGUAGCUGUUCAGCAUUCAUGCUAGGACAAGGGGCACAUGGAAGUAUGUGGGCAGUGAUCAAUACAGCGUUUGAAAAUGAGGCCAAUAAUUUUUUUUAUGUAAAGGAAGUCAAAAUUAGCCUUUGCUGUUACUGGGACACUUUCAUAUGUGGUCCUAAAAUCUGAUACAUAUCUGAUACAUAGUUAUUAAAAAAGCCAGAUCAGAAUUUAGGCAAAUUUUACAUCAGUCCAAUUCAAAAUGUACAAUGGAUAGCAGUAAAGGAGGUUUUCAUUGGUGGAAUUGUAAUGUAACAGACUUUUGUCAAACUAAAUUAGAAGGCACAUACAUUGCUAAUGUUUUCUUUUUGCAGUACAGCGUUUUGUUAUAAAUAGCUUGUGUUACAAGGGAAUAAAACAGUAAUGUCUAUCAAGCAAACAAAGAAACGUGUUGGUAAUCAACAUUCACAGAUAAGCAAGUAAGCUACCCAUUGUUCUUAAUGUUACAGUGAAUCUGCCCUGUUUUCACCAGACAAAGCUACACAAAGCCACUGGUGCCCACUGGUUUGCAUGCCAAGCCUGUUUUGAGUAAACAUAUUUUCUUCUCUUUUCAGAGAAGUACAAAUUGUUGUCCAUGGUAAUCGACCAUACUGUACAAAUAAGCAUGUAGAGGAUAUGUUAAAAACACUGAAGCAUUCCUUUAACAUGCUUCACCAAAACACAUUUGUGUGGUCAACCCGCACACACAACAUUCUCACGAAUUCCACAGACAAGGGGUUCCACAUCACUAGCCUCACCCAGCCAGUUAUAUUCCGCCUGAGCCAUUGGAAUUUACCUAACCAUACAGCUGGGGUCUGAAAUGUUAAAGGUCAUGUAACUAUUUUUGGUAGCAACAUUUUUUUGUUCAAGAUUUGUUUGUACACAUUUUGUGGCUGGCAAAUUUGUAAAGGUAUAUUUUUUUAUGUAGAAAUAUGGCACUUUAUGUCAUGUAUAUUCUGAAAAACAGAGUAAUUAUUACCAUUUUCCUCAUUAUUAUUACUUCAUUGUUUCUUAACGAUUUGAGAAUCAGAGAUGCUGAAUUAUGUCCCAAAAUUGAAUGGUUAUGUAUACAUUGUGUUUGUUUUCACAGUAGCUGACAUUUCUUUUGUGUAGUCCCAGUUUUAUUUGGAUCCAUCUCAUUCUUUUGUAGCCUGGUCAUACUUGUAGUCCUUCUGGAAGCAGUAUAAAUCAGUAGGUGAAUAAAUUAAUCAAACCGUUUAA